CUCGAUCCACACUCCAUUACAGUAGGUGGCGGUAAUGCUCCCCACAAGGUUGCUUGCCAACUGCCAUAAAAUCACAAGAAGAAGAAGAAGGAGAAGAAGAAAAAGACGACUCCACCGGCAGAAUGGGGGCUGUUACAGACGAUGAAAUCAUUCGAACUCGUCUUCUUAUCGACGGCGACGGAGCCGGAGACGAUAGGAGAAUCAAUUUGCUGCUCAAAACCUUCACUAAAUGGUGCAACUCCACUGGGAGCCCCGAAGAAAGCUUCACACAGUACCAGAGGAUGCUUGGCACGUUGACACAAUGUGAAUUCUCCAUGGGGAAGACCCUCAUGGUCUAUGAUAUGAAUCUUAAAGAAAUGGAGAAUUACGAGACAAUAUACUCCAAUAUAGAAGAAAACAUAACAUCUGCACAUGAGAAGAUAGCAGAGUGUAAAAAAGAAAUCCAGAGAGCCAAGAGAGUAAGAAAGAACCGCCAAGAGUAUGAUGCUCUGGCAAAGGUAAUUGAGCAUCACCCUGAUCGCCAUGAAACACUCAAACAGCUGGAGGCUCUUGACAAAGAACUCCAGCGGCUGUCAAACACCAAGGAAAAUGUGGAUGCAAAGUUGGAACUACGGAAAAAGCAGUUCCAUGUGCUCCUCAGUACCAUACAGGAACUACAGCAGACCCUUGAAACUGAUGAAAAAUGUGACACUGAUGACAGUCAGCAGAGCCCGACCGAGAGCGGCGAGUGACAACUUAAGUGUUUUCUUUUGAUCUAAAGUAACUAAGUCAAACAAGUUAAUUGUUGAUGUUAUUUCAUAUGUAUUUUUGAAUAAAUUUAGAAAUAACUUUUGCAAGUUA